CCUCCUCAUUCACUGCUGACAAGACAGCUGCACCUUUAGCGUCAUGUUUUCAGAUUUUAUUGAAACUAGUCGAACAUUUAGGAGACGUUUUCGCCUCAGUACACCUCUCUGAAGUAACUUAGCCGAAUUAUGUCGAGUUUAUGAGGAUUUUUCUGUGUGAAGAGUCACAGUCCUUGGCCAACGACAGGGGUGCCCAUGAAAACACCGGUUUGAAAAUUGUUUUCCUGAGGUGCCAUGUCCCGUUCAGGGCUUGCGUUUAUUUAAAUUGACUUCAGGAGGCCACGGCUUCGAGCUAAAUCCGCAAAAUGCCUGAGAAAACGAAGUACAAUCUUGUGGACGACACGCUGGACCCGAGGGUGCCAGUGGACAACGACGACAUCUUCCAGUAUGGAAUCACGUUUGAUGUGAAGUUUGUGGGCAGUUUGGACGUUGUUAGACCCAAAAGCAGGCUGGAGAUCCUCGCAGCCAUGAGGAGGAUAAGGUAUGAGUUUAAGGUGAAAAACAUCAAGAAGACCAAAGUCAGCCUUGUCAUAGCAGUGGAUGGUGUCAAAGUGGUGUUGCGGAAGAAGAAAAAGAAAAAUGCAUACAGCUGGGACGAAGGUCAGGUAACACUGGCCCAAGACCCCAUUUACAGAAUAUUCUACGUUUCUCAUGAUUCCCAAGACCUGAAAAUAUUCAGUUAUAUCGCAAGAGAUAAGAAGAAUAAUGUGUUCCGCUGCAACGUCUUCAAAUCCAAGAGAAAGAGUCAGGCUAUGAGGAUAGUGCGGACGAUUGGCCAGGCAUUUGAGGUUUGCCAUAAACAAAGUCUGGAUUCUGUCGAUGCAGCUUGGUUAGUGAAGGGAGAGGAGGAAAGAGGUGAGGAGGAGAAGACUCCACCCUCUGACAUCAUCGCCGAGGAGUCAGUCCAGAAGAAGGAUGCAAAGGUCGCCUCUGAAGACCUCUUGUUAGAAAUAGAGCCGUCCAGACUGGCGUCUCCUCUGUCUGACUCCCUGACCGUGAGCCAUCAGGUUCAGCUGCUGCAGAGACACCUCCAGCAGCAGGAGCAGAAGAACCAGGCUGCGUCAGCACAGGCGGUCCUGCUCCAGCAGCAGCUCAGUGUGGAGUCGCGGGCGAGGGCAGAGGCGCAGGUUCGGGUGGAGCAGCUCCUGCAGCAGAACAGUGAGCUCCUGCAGCACCUCUCCCUGCUGGUCAAACACAUCCAAGAGCUGGAGCUCCGCUCUCACUCCACCUCCUCCAUGGGAUCUCAGGACAGCCUGCUGGAGAUCGCACUAAGGGCCAACAUUUCGCCCGACCCACCCCGGACAUCCUCUCCACAGGUCAUGGUUCCCCGAGAGCCUGGCCUUGCCAAACUCGAUUCUUCAUUCUGCUUCUUCCCAGGGCCUCCAACACAGGAGAAGAAAAAAGAGCAGGACCGAGACUCGGGCCAGGGUCACGACGAAGAGCAGCUGGCUGAAGGGUCUCCCACAGGAGGUCAAUUCUUCAGUACUCUGGAGACCCCUGGAUUCAGAGAGUCUGGCAUAGCGUCCGGCUACGAGUCCAACACUGAUGAGAGCGAUGAUCGAGAUAGCUGGGGUCAGUAAGAGACAAGGAAAAAGCAAGACAAACAUAAACUCUGGUGGCUCUACUGUUAUCCUUGGAACGUAAGGCAGCAUGCUUGGUCAUCAUAGACUGCAACAGAAAAUGCAACAGCCACCACAGAAUAAGCUCUGACUCCUAACAAAACUUCAGCGAUUACACUCCUGCAGUCAAAAUAACGAAUAUACUUAAGCUUAGCAUAUCUCAGAUGGCCAUACAUCUACUGUACUCGCACUGUGUGAACAAAUGCAGGACUUCAUGGAAAUAUACCGCUUUACUGUAAACAUGCACGUUGGACAUUUCGCUUUAAUUGGCUUUAUCUGCAUCUGUGUGAUGUGGCUGAAAAAAUGUAGCAUACAGUGCUUUGUAAAAGUCAGAGACCACCCUUCAUUACUUUCAUUUCCAGUCAAGUUAAGUGCAAGUAAAGCAUUUUUCAGGAGACAUUUCUGAAGAGAUUAAAGAUGAUCUCCUUGCAUGAGGAAGACAAAAAGCAAAAGAGAGUAAGUGAAAAAACAAGUUUCCAAAACUGGAUUUCAAAUGAUUAAAAGCUACAGAGAAAAUAAGACUCCGUAACAACCACCUGGAAGACCUUGGAGACCACCAAAACUGU